AUGUCCAGUGACUUUCCACACACUAGUGGAUCAGCUGAUAGCCCAGAUCAAGUUAUCCAGGAGACACCUGUUGCAGGUCAAAUCUUCCCAGAAGCUGGUGAUGCCUCACCGAAAGCCCCUUCUAGUAACAAAGGUGAUGAGUCCGAUGUUUUGAGCUCACCUCAACUCUACACACCACGACCUGGCAAGCUUAACAGAGAAGUAACGAAUGAGUGGGGAUCACAGUCAGAUAUCAAUAAUACAAGUCAAGGAAAAGCUGAGAAACCGGUACAAUUCAACAAGAGAACGCCUAAUCUCGACAGAAUUGCAAAGUUUUUUAAGGAUAAUAGAUCACCUCACAGGGACGGUUUAUUACAGAGGUUCGAGGCCUCAGAACUUGAAGAUACGCCAGUCUCUGAAAGAGGAAAGGGUACUUCAAGGGGCCAUAACACCUGCGAAAGUCCACUGAAUAGAACUUCUGCGCUACGAUCCAACGCUGAAGCUAUAACGGAUUCGCGAUACCACAGCAGCAUUCAGGGGCGUGCAUCUUAUUUAGCUGACGUCAAUGGCAGCCCAAAAGAUAGGAAGAGAGGUGCAAACUGGACAUUAACUGAGCAACGUUCUCAAAGUUUGGAUUCGAAUGCAAGAGAAAUCAGCAGGCUGCGAAGUGACAAGAAUGAAAAAACGUCUGAACAGUUCAAUGACAAUAAUUUUCAUGAGACUAUGGUAAUUCAAACUCAAAGCGCCAUUAUCGAUAAGCGGACUAAUACGAAAGCAGACAGCUUUGUUCGCGAGGUUUCUCCAGACCAAUCACCGGAUUUUAAUAUCGAGAAUGGAUUAAGCACAAUCAUCAACGAUAAGAGAACUUUGGCAACCCGCUUAUCAGGUUCCUCGCCACUUCUAACCGUACCAACGACCUUGCUAGCUGAAAGAGAUGACAAUCAAGCGGCGGAAGAUAAUGCAUUAGAUAAUUCACGAAUAGACGACACUACAGAAGGAAACUAUUCAGAAAUGUGGGUUCUUCGACCGAAUAAAAAUGGCAUUUUCAAUAGUAACAAAUCUACUCAAGUGAUAAAUACAACGGAAAGUCAAGGACAUUCAAAGGAAACUGUAACUGGAGAUGACAAACUUGAAGGACAGUCGUUUACAGAAGAAAAUAAUUUAACACAGACUCAAGUCAUUUCGUCCUAUCCAACUCGUAACGCUUCCUCGCAACAAAAGAAUGGUGCGAAAUCCCAGAUAUUAGGAGGAGAACUUUGCUCUUCAACUCAAAUCAUACAAUCGCCGGAGCAUACUUUCUCAAACAGCUUGGAGACUCCUAAAGGCAUCCCAAAGAACAAUUUCGAGCCUAUAUUGGAAGUACCGGAAACUAGUUCACCGUCAAAAACAAACAGGAAUAAAAUUGAUGGCAAUUCAUCUCCUAGUCCGGCUGAAAAAGACCGGAACAAAGUUAGUUUUACGACUCAAGCGGAUCAUACUCAAGAUGCGGUGCGUUUACAGAUCUCUACGAAGCCAGAGCUAACUCCAAGUCAAGGCGAAAACAAUCAGCUAGAAACCACCAGCAACAAGGAUGACGCCAUCGUUGUUCUAAGUGAACCUGACCUCACCCAAGAACUACCUGAGGUUGAGGAGGGAACAACACAGAGGACUCGCGAGAUACUCGCAAAGCAUAUUGAAGAAAAUAGCGAGGAUCAAAUUACGAUCAAUAGAAGGAAACGACAUGGACAGACGAUAGAAUUGGCUACGGAGGAGGAGAAUCGAAGCCGCAAACCGUCUCCAAGAAAGAAGACACGGCGUAGUUUAGCAUUGAGGAGUUCUACGUCCAAUUUGCAGCCCAAUGAAACUGAACAUCAGCCUGACAUGGAAGUUCUGGUCAAUGAGAAAGGAAACGCAGAAGAGUCCAUGCUAUUCAGGGGGUCCGUCGCACAGCGGCCCGUGAUCGAACUGCCAAACACUAUUCGGGAGCAAGAUGACGAGUAUUUAUCCAAAGAGGAUAUUAAGUUCGAGGAUUCGGUUUGGUGUCAAUAUAGUCUGGACUACAAUUAUUAUCCUGGGCGUAUAUUGUCCCAAGAUGAGCAGUCAGAUAGCUGCUGGGUUUAUUUCGACACCGGCAAAUCACUAACAAAGAGUGAUGAUAUUUAUUAUCUUGACAUCAGAGUUGGGGAUACAGUAAAUAUGGGAGGCAAAAAGCAUCAAGUUGUAGCAUUAGAAUGCCGAAGCUCUAAUAUGGAGCUUAUCAGGUGCAUAAGAGGUUACGACACUGUUCAUUUGAGGAGAAGGAAAAAUACGGGAUCAUUCGGCCAAAAAGUCAUCAUCAAGCCAUUAGCUGUAAUCAACUUAGACCUCAACGAGUGGACGAAAAGACCAAAGAUAAUCCUUGAAGGUGGAUCGCACACUAGGGCCAAGGCAUUUCAGGGUCUGCAGCGCCCAAUUCGUGGUCGAAAAAGUACUACCACCACUCUAUCACCUCGUAAAGCAAAUCACGACAGUAGAGCGGAGCGUGCUACUCGUCCCAUAUACAAGGAAGAUUCAGAUGAUGAUAAUGGAGCCGAGUUGGCUAGAGACAGUGCUGCUUCACAGCGUUCCAUAACCGCCCCCGACUUUUUGCAUGUCCUGGGUCAACCUAAGAAGCAUGAAGACUGCAAAAUCUUCAAAAAUUGCAUUUUUGUUUUAACAGGACUGAGCGAGGAUAGGCAGGACCUUUCCGACGUUAUUGAAUCACAGGGCGGCGAUAUCCUUAACUUGGGAUUUUCAGAACUGUUUAAGUUUGAAGCUCUUAUUGAUAAUUGGAAUGAUGAAGAUAAGUACUCUUUGCAACUCUCAUGGAAGGAACAGGCGGUGAGUAAGAACUACCGAUUUGCUUGCUUGAUCACGACAAAGCAUCUUAGAAGUCUGAAGUAUCUAGAAACUUUGGCGCUCGGAUGGCCUACCCUACAUUGGAAAUUCAUCAGAGAGUGUUUACGAAAAGGCAGAAUCUGUGAAGAAUCUCUUUAUCAGUAUCUCCUGCCUGCCGGCGAAAGCUAUCGAUUAGCCUUUGACACCGUUACGAAAAAUGGUGUGAUCAAGUCAAAUAAUAUUUUUCAAUUCUAUCUUAAACUGAUUCGAGGUUCAACGCUUGAAGCACAAAUCGGUGCCAUGAAAGAAGCGAUGUCCGGUCACAAAGUUAUUCUUUAUGGUCAAUCGGAACUGGAUCAAUUUAUAAAGUUUUCGUUGGCAUGUCUAGGGGUCUCGGAUCUAUAUCAGUUAAGAGGUAAAAUCACUUCCACAUCUCUGGACAAUCUACAUUUGUUAACAGACAGGCUUGAUGAACUAAUGAAAGACAAAGGUGAGUUGAAUUUAUUGAUCUACGUGAACAAAAAUAAUGGUAUAUCAAGCAAUCUGCUGGAAAAUGUGAGGGAGCAACUGAGUAUCCGGUAUCAAGGUGUGCCAAAAGAGCGUUUAAGCAUCCAUGUUGAGUCAAAGGAAUGGUUGAUUCAAACGAUCAUUAAUGGUGGGCCAGGUUUCGACGAAUAA